AUGACGCAGAUCACAAAGUCCGACGCCUCACUCGCCCUGCCACGUAUACUGUGCCUUCAUGGCGGUGGCACGAGCGCAGACAUCUUCAUGCUGCAGUGUCGCGGCAUCAUCAAGCGCCUCGAGAACACGUUCCGCUUUGUCUUUGUGAACGCGCCCUUUCUCAGCAAGCCCCAUCCCGCUAUUGUGCCGUACUUUGGAGACCAUGGCCCGUUCUAUCGCUGGCUCCGGUGGGAUGGCGACCAGCAGCAGGACGAGGACGCAGCCAACAAGGUGCUGAACGAGCUCAAGAAGGCGAUGCGCGAGGACGAGGGACGAGGUGAGUGGGUUGCCAUUCUGGGCUUCUCACAGGGCGCCAAGAUCGCGGCGAGCGUACUCUGGGCCCAGGAGAAGGUGCCGGGCGGCGAGGGUCCGUUCAAGUUUGGCGUCAUCAUGGCCGGCAGGGCACCUAUUGUAGUGCUGGAUCCCGAGGGCAAAAUGCCACAUGUGCCGCACACAGCGGACAUUGGGCAGAUGAGCACCGAGUUCUCCGACUGGGCGCCCAACAACCAGGGCGAGCACGCGCUGAGCAUACCGACCCUGCACGUCCACGGACUCCAGGACCCGGCCAUGGACAUGCACCGCAAGAUGGCGGACGACUACUGCAAGGAUGGUACGGCGCGGAGCAUCGAGUGGGAUGGCGGCCACCGCUUGCCCAUUAUGCCCAAGGACGUCGACGACGUUGCCCAGCAGAUGCUCGCUCUGGCCAAGGAGACUGGCGUCCUCUGA